AAAAUCGUUGUCAUAUUAUUGUGAAGGAAAAGAUUCAAAAGAUUUUACAUAAUGUAUUCGUUUUUUUCUAAAUAAAACUUGGUUAUUUAGAAAAAAGAAAACAUUUCGAUAGUUAUAUGGCGCUAUAACAUACCAUAUUUUUUUUUUUUACCUUAUUAGGAAUUCAUGUCUAUAUUUUGCAAGGCUCGGGCCGAAUCCUAAAUAGGUAUCUUUUUGUAAUCUAGUGCACUAAGUAGGGUAUUGUCUCUACGCUGUGUAGGGCGCUUAUACAGGGUGUUGGAAUUGGAUUGAGACUCAGCCUCAGACCCGGUUAAAACCGGGAUCCUUGUUUGGAGCCGUUUUUCAUGGACUUAAACUGUACUAAUGGAGCAUGAUAAGCAGGAGCUGAUGUCUGUAGCACCAUCUUACUUUACACCUCCUCCACCACCACCUCCAACUGCUCCACCUGCUCCACCUGCUCCACCUGCUCCACCACCACCUCCAACUGCUCCACCUGCUCCACCACCACCUCCAACUGCUCCACCUGCUCCACCACCACCUCCAACUGCUCCACCUGCUCCACCACCACCUCCAACUGCUCCACCUGCUCCACCACCACCUCCAACUGCUCCACCUGCUCCACCACCACCUCCAACUGCUCCACGUGCUCCUGCUCUUUCACUGCAGAGCAAGAAGAAGCUGUACCAGGCCAUAGCAGAGGGAAGGACUGCUGUUGAAGGAGACUUUGAGGAAGCCUGUUUACUCUUCACACAAAGAGAGAGCAGUUUCAGGAAGGACCUGCAGUGGGUGCUGUUUAACAAAUAUGUGCCUUCAUUGAUCCAAGAUGGCCCCAAAUGUGGAUUAGUGGCUUUAUGGAUGGCAUCCCAUCUGCUGAAUCCUGCCAUGACCAUUUCCAUGGAAAACAUCAUGCAAAAGGCAGUGAACAAAAGCUACACUUCUCAAGGAGAGAUGUUUUCAGCCAGGGAUAUGGCUCUGCUCGCAGAGGAAGUAUAUGGCAUCAGAGUUCAGAGGCUAUCUGGAGGCAUGACUGGAGACCAUGCGGCAUUAAUCCUCAAACAUCUCACAGACGGCCAGCCGAUCUUAAUACCAUACGACGAGGACUUUAACCAUGAGCCGUGUCUACGCAGUGGCCACAAAGCUCACUGGGCAGUGGCUUCAGGCGUGUUACUCGGGCUGGCACCGGGGAGCGUAAACAGCGAGCAGCUCCUCACUGAUGCCACUCUGCCAUGGCUGCAUCUUUCUAAUGUUCGAGCACAAGCUACCUGGCUCUCGAAUCCAGUUGAGGUCUACAUCUUGGCCAAGCAGGGGAAGAGUCUGCGCUACCAGCUAUGGAAGUUUGAAACAGUGGCACAGAGUAACGCCCAGCUUAGAGAAAUGGACCCGCAGAGAGCCAGUGACGGAUCUUACUAUGUGCUACCCCCUGGUGGGGUGGAGGAGGGACUCGCAGGCCAGGUGUUGCUACUGCACACCGCACAGACAAGAACAUAUCCAGAACAGGAUGCGAUGGGAAGGAUGGCAGUGCAGCAUGACUGUGUUUAGCAUGCACCUUAAACGGAUUUAAUUAAAGGAUCAUCAACGAGGAGUUUGAAGAUCGAGGUGUUGGCGUGUGAGAAAGCUGGACUGUGGAAUAAUUUUGUAUUAUGCAAUAUUUUAAUAAUAAAAAAAACCCCCGACAAUUGUUUGUCGUUUAUAUCAAGAAGUAUUUCUGUAUAAACACAGGACGAAUGUCAUCGUGGUAAAAUACAGUUUCUGUGCAACUGAAUGCAGAUAAAUGUCCAGGAAAUUACUUACCAUUAUUUUUUUGCCAGUCCUUAUAUCUAAUAUCUCUCAUUUACAGUAAAAUAUGUAAGGAAUUUCAUCAUUUUUCAUCCUUCCCUGGAUGUUGUGAGGUCAAAUACGAUACCCAUCUAAAUUCUGCUCACAUAUUGUUUUCUUGAAUCUCACGUCAAAUGAAAUAAGUGUUCCUGUGGUCACUGUCGGUUGUGCAAGUGAUAUUUCUGUUCAAGGAAAUGAUGAAAGCAGGAACACGGCCUUGCAAUGGAACAGAUGUUAUCAUUUUUAAUCUUUGUUUUUUGUGUGUAACUCCUAUAUAUGAA